GGAUGCCGACAAAAAGAAAAGACUUAAGAGGAUGUGUAACUGGGUUUCUUGGAUCUUAUAGAUUAGUAAGGAUACCAUUUAUUUUUAUAAAAAUGAUCUUAACAAUUUUAAUUCUUUUUUUGUUUGUCAAGUAUCAUUAAUUUUCUCUACGUAUAUGCUUAAUGCUAAUAUCAAUUUUGAUUACUUUUAUGAUCGAGAAAAAGGGAGUAGUAAAAAAAGAAAGUAAAAGAAACAUUUGGACCGUUGGAUUAGAGGGAGUUGUGCCGGGGUUCGCUGCGCCAAUGAUGGUUGACUGGUAGGGAUAUCUAACGGUCACAACAUGGGGGCCCAUAUAAUGAAAUCUCUCAGUAAUGGUUUAUUUACAAUUUCUUUACAAAAAUUACCGUUGGAACUUUGAAAAGAAAAAGGGAAAAAUAUGAAAAAGAUGUAAAAUAUCAAUCUGAUGAAUAUUCACAUCUGAUAGAUCAUAACUUAAAAUCGUUCGUUUUGUUGAAAAACCUUUCAUUACAUUGACGAAUGAAGACUACGCAUAUUGUACAUUUACUUUUUGAAAUAAUUUUUACAUUCUCAGAAACAAAAACUUGGUUAUAAAAUAUUUUGAGAUUUCCAAGUAACUUCAUCACAAUCCCCCGUACAGUUGAUUUAUGCAUCUUUCUUUUGCUUACGUUUCUCGCUUGUGAUCCAUCUUUUAGCACUGUCGUGACUCCUUCUAGCUCAACCAUCUUAUGAUCACAUAACCUCUGCAUAGAAAGCCCUUCUCCCUCGUUGCUGCCGCAAUCUCCGUUGCUCCCUAUUAUGUGGCUGUUAUCAUCAAAUAUGUCGAGAUCUUUGACCCUAAUUAAGCUCACGAAAUUGACCCGUUUUGUUCUCUCGAGUCUUGUACUCCCAGUAAGAGUACUUGAGCUUGUUCAAGUUGAGGAAUAGAGCAAAUAUUUAUUCAUGCUUAAGUGAUAACGAUGUCAGCAAUACGUAUUAAAUACUCUGUCCUCCAAAAUCUUCUUUCAGGCUUCAGGAGGUUUAGACUUCUUGAUUUCGGCCCACGAGUUGUCCAAAAACGCCACUUUAUGCGACCCAAGUUUUUAAAAAGAGUUGAUUGGUUUAGCACUUUAGUAUUCGAACUAUAUACCUACCUAAAUAGAGGAAACGGAAAUUUUCCCAAAUCUACUAGGAUUUAGUUUAGGAAUUAAUUAUCUAUCAUAAUAACUGUAACCGAUAUAUUACUAUAUUCUAAUAAACGUUACAUGUAUAUCGCGAGUCUGUAUAAAGCUCCACGACCUUCUCGUCUAACCCAAUUCACAAACCGCUAAAAUAAUGGCACUAGUCCGAAAACUUACUGCCUCGUCCUCUUCUGCUGCUCACGAUGGUAUCAAUCCAGGGAAGAUCAAAGUGCAGAUGAUCCGUGUAUGGAAGGGUGAUAAGAAUGAAUCAGGCAACUCGGUCGAUAUGGUUUUACUUGAUUCAUCGGGGACAAAUAUUCAUGCAACUAUAGGUGAAGCUUAUUCAAAAUGGAUUCAAGAUAUUGGUGGUGCAACGAUCAACGAGUCAAAUAGAGAAAAUAUUGAAAUUGAUGUUCUUGAAGAUUUGAUGAUAGCUGACUGCAAGGAUCCUAUCAAAACUUUAGUGAAGAAAAUUUAUGGAGAAUCUUUUCCAGAGUCCUAUAAUCCUGGGUUUUUUCAGGGGAAAGCUAUUUUGUGUUCUACAAAUGAAGAUGUGAACCAGAUUAAUGAUUAUAUGCUUUCGCAGAUAUCGGGUGAAGAAACGGUGUGUCUGAGCGCUGACAGUAUUUCUCCAUUGAAUUCACACCCGAGUGACUACAUGCGAUACCCUCCAGAACUUUUGAAUAGCAUCAAAGCCCCUGGAUUGCCUAACCAUUGUUUGAGAUUGAAGGUUGGUGUUCCUGUCAUCUUACUACAGGACAUUAUGCCUAACCAUGGACUAUGUAAUGGGACAAGACUUCAGAUUACACGACUGGGUGGUUUUGCGCUUGGGGCUAGAAUUUUAACAGGUGCUAGGAUUGGGGAGGAAGUCAUUAUCCCAAGGAUACCUACACAUCCAACAGACGAAAAUUUUCCCAUCAAAAUGCAGCGUAAGCAGUUUCCUUUGGCAGUUUCUUUUGCAAUGACUAUAAACAAAAAUGAAGGUCAGCCACUUUCCAAGAUUGGUAUCUAUCAACCAAGACGAGUGUUACCUCAUGGACCUAUGUAUGUUGCUGUAUCCAAAGGGAAGACUAGAGAUGGUUUGAAAGUUCUUAUCACAAAUAAAGAUGGGAAACCUAAUGAAGAAACCUCAGAUGUUGUGUUCAAGGAGGUAGGUGUUUCAGAAGAUUGAGUCAAGAGGUGUUGGACUAUUGUUUACUCUUUAUCUAUUUCAGGGGCAAACUGGUUGUUUUUACGUCAUUUUGAUUUUCAUGGUUUUUCUUAUGAUUUGAUGUUUCAGACUACUAUGUUUUCAUUUUGGUCUAUUAUCAUUUGUUUUUGCGUCAAGGCUGUUUCUAAAAACAGCAUCAGACUUUGUUCUA